UCUCAUACCAUUUCUGUUUUUUGUGGUUUUGUUUUUGUGAAAAAAAAAACGCAUUUGUGAAUGUCAGCGACAACAUUUCUAACGCUAUUCAAAUAUUAUCACAUGCUUGAAACGGUUGAUCAGCAAAAAUGUGAUGUGCGCGAAUUAACUUAUUUACAACAACAACAGCAAGCAAACACGACAAUGGCAAACAGCGAAAUGGAAUUGCAAAUAAGUGCAAAUAUACCGUUAACAUUGUUAGAUACCACAACAACAACAAGCACGGCGUUAGCAGUAACAACAACUGCAGAAACAGUGAGCUCCACAGCAGCAACACUGUCUUCUGUAACGCCUGGCCACAUCAUCAUCGACAGCAUCGCAGCCUCGACCAAAUUCUGGGUCACCUGCAAUGUACUGAUAAUGGUGGGCAUACUAGCUGGCAACGCGCUCACCAUACUGGCCAUAACCACCUGUCGCCGCUUGCGCCGCCUAAUCUCCAAUAUGUUCAUUCUAUCGCUAGCGGUAUCGGAUUUUACUGUCGGCGUGGCGCUGCCCUUCCACAUCGCCUUCUACAUCGGCCUUAAUUUCGGCCAAUCGGAAAAUCUCUGUCGGCUGCGAUUUUUUCUCCUCAUUUUCUCCUGUUGCGUUUCGAUCUUGACUUUGAUCACGAUCGCUGUGGAUCGGUAUAUAGCAAUCGUGUAUGCGUUGCACUAUCGGCGUUUUAUGACGCGUCGCGUCUCAUUACUCAUAAUCGGCUUGAAUUGGACCGUUGGCGCCACGGUGGCCACUGUGCCGAUAUUUUGCAACCGAUUUAAAACAGCGACCGAAUGCGAAUUCAAUCAGGUUCUGCCCACUUGGUAUAUGGCGGGCAUCAUAACGCCCGCCUUUGUCAUCAUUUGGUCGCUGAUGCUCUUGAUUUAUUGGCGUAUAAUGCGUGAGGCCGCCAAGCAGUGUGAACAGUCGCGUUGCAAGCGUGAAGUGCAGAGUUGGGGCAGCAAAAAGCAGUCGCGGCGUAUGCCAGAUUGGAAAUCGAUGCAGGUUGUGAUUUUCAUUAUGGGCUGCUUCUCCAUUUGCUGGCUCACCUAUUUCAUUGUCGUUUGCAUGGAGCUAUUCAGUACCUACAAUAUAUCCCUGAUGCUCUACAAGAUAGCCUUCUCCUUGGCCAUGUUCAAUUCAGCACUGAAUCCGGUGAUCUAUUGCUGGAAGAAUACAACGUUUCGACGCGCCUAUUGGCGUUUGUUGCGUUGUAAAAAUCCGAAUCGCAGCAAACCGAAUAGUAUGGAUUUGAUCGUGUGUAGCGCGGACUCAGUACACAGCUCUCCGCGUCGGCAUAGUACACUAACUAUAUCCGUUAUACCAAUACCCGUGGGUGAGCCAGUCAAACAUAACGACGCAAUUGGAUUUAGUGGGCUAAACAAUGAAGCAGUGGAGGAAGGAAGAGUGAAAGUGAAGGAGUGCAGAUUUGACUGAGGCGAAGCGCCAAUAUAGGGUAGUAGUUACGUUUAAUAAAAACAAAAAAAAAACUGUAAAAUGGAAAAAUUACCAACAACUAUAAAAAUAACUAAUAGAACUAUCUGAUAAACAAGUGA